GUGGUUGGCUGUUCGAUUGGGCUGGAAGCUGCGUGGUUUACUAUCCGGGUCCUGGUGGUACGGUUCUUGCAACGGUAUCGCCAUCAUGCCUAUGAAGGGCAGGUUCCCCAUUAGGAGGACGCUGCAAUACCUGAGCCAGGGGGAGAUCGUCUUCAAGGACUCGGUGAGGGUGAUGACCGUGAACUACAACACCAGCGGGGAGCGCGCCGACGGAGCCCGAAAAUUUGUGUUUUUCAACAUACCUCAGAUCCAGUACAAAAACCCUGAGCUACAGAUUGUGAUGUUUAAGAACAUGACACCUUCACCCUUCGUAAAAUUCUACUUAGACAGCGGAGAGCAAGUCCUUGUCGAUGUGGAAGAGAAGACUAACAAAGAGAUUGUGCAGCAUAUUAAUAAAAUCCUUGGCAAAAGCGAGGAAACACUUCAAAAAGAAACACGAGAAAAAAUGAAGCUACGGCACCCUGCAACCUUUGGCCCCAGAAAAUACCACUUGCGUGAAUGUAUGUGUGAAAUAAAAGGCCAAAUUCCCUGCCCUGGGAAGAUACCAUUACCAAAGGAGAUGACGGGCAAAUAUAAAGCAGCUAUGAAGGACAAGGCUGCUUCUGAAGCCAGCACCACAUGAAGUUUGCCUCUACUAGGGACUGAAAACACUAGGAGAGAUUCCCACUGCUAAAGCAAGCUGGCAAAGUUGAUGAAACCACCAUUCCUCUGUAAGAGACUAUUUCGAUGCUGGCCAUACUUAUUUAAUACAAGAAAGAUUUUUUUUUUACAAAAUAAAGAAACAGAUUCCUCCCA